AUGGCCUUGUCCACCGGGCAUGUUGCCAGCCAGCUAAGGCACCUCAUCUAUUACCAGCUCGACAAUAACCUAAUCCGCAAUGCGCUCUUCCUCGCUUCACGUCUCCUCGCAUAUGAACCACGAUCAUUUGAGGCCCAAUAUCUACUCGCCCUUUGCCACCUACACAAUGGAGAAGUGAAGGCGGCGUUCGAAUGCAGCCAGCCUUCGGGCUCACGCGGUCUGCAUGCUGGUUGUGCAUAUGUCUUUGCUCAGACCUGCUUAGACUUGGGGAAAUACUUGGAUGGUGUUACGGCUCUGGAGCGUAGCAAACCCCUUUGGGUCUCUAAGAACCACUGGAACAAGCAUAGUGAGACUCAGCGACAGCACCUGCCUGAUGCUGCAGCUGUGUAUUCUUUGCAAGGGAAACUUUGGCACGCACAUAAAGAUUUGACCAAAGCAGUUGACUGUUACGUGGAGGCACUGAAACUGAACCCCUUCAUGUGGGAUGCUUUCCUAGGGCUUUGCGAAACAGGUGUCAAUAUUCGUGUCCCGAAUAUCUUUCAACUUAGCCCAGAACUUCUUGCAAUAAUAUCUUCAUCGCCGGAGGAAAUAGCUACUGUUCAGGACCACGUGGCUUACGAAGAAGGGAAUUUCCCAAUGCAGCCUCCUAGUAACCCUGAAUCCGACCCUUUUAUGGUCUCUGCCUCCCGUGGCGAAACUGACACCACAUUUGGAAGCUCUGCUCUUUGGGAAAAGUUAAAUGGGAGCUCUGUCAAUUUUGCUGCUGUGGCACAGCCGGUUUUCCACGACGGGAUGGAGACCCCAGGCGCACAGAGCAGUGGCUCUGAUGACUUUCGCAUUGCGAAUGGCGUCACAGACCCAGAAGCUGGAUGGGAAGCACCCUUGGCCCCUGCCCGAAAGACACGGACAAUCCAAACUAUGAGCCUUGACCAUACCGGGCAACCUCCGCCGCGAAUGCGUCCAACGGGAAUCAGACCUCGCCACAAGACGCGGACCGAACCAGAGACUCAGCCAGCUGCUCCGGCGGUAGAACGAGAUUCCUCUCUUGUAUCGAGAUUCGGGGACCGCAAGCGCACAGUCUCUGGACAAGUGGCCCAUCCACUUCCCUCAUCACAACCGACUGAACCAGGUGCUCCCCAGCGCCGAAGCGUUCGCCUCUUCAACCAGAUCAAACCUACAAGCAGCAAGCUUUCAAACAGCACGCUUACUGGCAGAGACGGUCGCGAGAUGAAGAAGUUGAGAGGGGGCCCUACAAAAGGACGAGUAGGAGGUGUGCCCACUGUCGGCCGUGUCGUGAGUGGCAAUCGAAAACCCAUUGAGACACCCGACAAUGAUGGUAAAGAUAAUCGGACUGGCUUAUCUCAAUCGCAUCAUCUCGUCCCCCCAUUACCCAAAAAUGCCGAAAAAACCAAAGAGCUUGAAGCCUUGGAUUGGCUUUUGGGUCUUUUCAAUAAACUUGCGUCUGGAUAUUUCUCAUUGAGCCGUUACAGGUGCGCGGAUGCCAUCAGCUCUUUCAAUUCUCUCUCGCAAGGCCAGCGCGAAACCCCUUGGGUUUUGUCUCAACUUGGACGGACCUAUUUCGAACAAGCAAGCUACACAGAAGCCGCGAAGUACUUCUCCAGGGUUCAAAAAUUAGCGCCCUCCCGCAUCGAGGAUAUGGAGAUCUACUCGACCGUCUUAUGGCAUCUGAAAAAUGAUGUAGAACUGGCUUACUUGGCGCAUCAGCUACUCGAAGCUGAUCGCCUAUCCCCUCAGGCGUGGUGUGCUAUUGGCAACUCUUUUUCUCACCAACGGGAUCAUGAUCAAGCACUCAAGUGCUUCAAGCGUGCGACUAUGCUCGAUCCUGAAUUUGCAUAUGCUUUCACGCUGCAGGGACAUGAAUAUGUCGCCAACGAAGAAUACGACAAGGCAUUGGAGGCCUAUCGCCACGGCAUCAACGCGGACAAUCGACAUUACAAUGCUUGGUACGGACUGGGAACGGUGUAUGACAAGAUGGGCAAGCUUGACUUCGCUGAGCAGCAUUUCCGCAAUGCAGCCAGCAUCAACCCGACGAACGCGGUGCUCAUUUGCUGCAUUGGUCUGGUACUGGAGAAAAUGAACAAUCCCCAAGAUGCCCUGGUCCACUACGGACGAGCCUCCUCGCUAGCCCCUAACUCGGUAUUAGCCAAGUUCCGCAAGGCGCGCGUACUGAUGAAGCUGCGCGAGUACAAGUUUGCUUUGGCAGAAUUAAAGGUCCUCAAGGACAUGGCGCCGGACGAGGCAAACGUGCACUACCUUCUUGGAAAGCUGUACAAAAUGCUCCACGACAAGGCCAAUGCUAUCAAGCAUUUCACGGCAGCCUUGAACUUGGACCCAAAGGCUGCACAAUACAUCAAGGAUGCAAUGGAGUCGUUAGACGACGACGAUAUGGAGGAUGAGGACAUAGCGUAG